GUUAUUGUAGAAAAAAUUACGUAAUAUUGUAUAUUGUUUUUAUUAGCAUUUUGAAAUUUUAUCAUUAAAGCUAAAUUUUUAUUGUUAUCGUAUCAGAAACGGUUACAAAUAACGCUUAUCUACCACAUAAUUCAGAUAUCUAUAUAAUGCGUAUUAUUAUUUAGAAAAUCUUUAUUAUUGAUUAUUUUACUUAACACUGCUAUUAUCGAUUUUACUAAGGAACAUAGAAUGUAUAUGAUGGAAUGACAAGAUUCUGUGUUCCUUGCACUACUACAUAUAAAAUAAAUUAUUCUUUUAUUUGAUGUAAAAUAAAAUAAGACUAAAUUUUUUCAUUUUUCAGAAUUGAAAGUAUUCUUGAUUUCAGAUAUAUUUUCGAACAUUUGCAUUCACUCUAACCUAUCAUAAGAAACAACAGUCAUGAACAUUUUUAAACAAAUAUGAUUAAUGUCCUGGUUCAUCUGUGAAAUUUGAUAAAAUUUAAAUAAAGUUAAGUAAAAACGUUGUUAAUGACAUUACAGUGCACCACUUAAAAGAGUAAAUGUAGAUAUAAAUGUAGUCUAGUAAAUUAUAACUCAUAGUCAUGGAUAGUUACUCUAAUCCUUUCAGUUUUUCUAAACAAACUGGUUCUCUAUUACAUGGGUUAGGAGCACCUGAAUUAAUUCCUGAAUGCAAGAAACGUAAUAUAUCGACCGAUACACUACAUGAGCUCAGUAUAGAGGAGUUAAUGUUAUUAGGUGCUGAUGCUCAAAAAGCUGAAGAAAUAAGAAAUGCUUUAAAUAUAAAAAGAAAAUCUGGUAAUAUAGCAACAAAUUCCGAAGACAGGCUUAAUCAUUUCCUUGAAAUCAUUAAGUAUGGCGAAUAUCAUUUAUCUCUCAUGCAAGCAUUUGUGGCAUAUUGUCGGUUAAGGCUUACAAAAGACAGAAUUAAUAUAUUUGUCAAUCCCAACAAAUGCUUAAGUGCUUCUAUGGUAUUACCCACUUCUGUUGAUGCAACUUUAGCAGAACUAGAAGAAGCAACAAAAAAUCUUUCUGAAUUAGAAAAAUUAAUUCCAAGGAAUAUUCCAAUCGAGAAGAUCGACAAUGAAACAAACACUGCCAACGGCACACGGAAGUUGCGAAAUUCUCGUUUAAUUUUACAGCUCUUUGCGAUAAUUGUAUUCGGAUGCAUAAGCAACAAGGGGUACAUGACGAAGGCGGACGGAAAAGAAGUGUGCCUCUACGCCGAGGACCCUAACGCUUGUAAUUACGGAAUAGGAAUCGGAGUCCUUGCCUUCCUUGCCAGCAUCGGGUUCCUUAUUGGGGAAUACCUCUUCGAACAGAUGUCCUCCGUGAAAACCAGAAAGCACUUCGUCCUUCUUGACCUAGGAUCUUCAGGUUUCUGGGCAUUCCUUUACUUCGUUGGAUUUUGUUAUUUAACCAAUUCUUGGAAUAAAUCGGAUGUACCGAGCGAUGUGGAUGGAGCGAAAAGCGUCCAGAGCGCUAUUGCGUUCUCCUUCUUCUCAAUCUUUACUUGGGCUGGCUGUGCCUGGUUUGCCUUCCAAAGAUUCAAACAAGGAACCGAUGCUGCUUUCGCACCUAGUUAUGAGGCCGAUCCUGUCGGAGGAACAGGCUAUACAAGUUAUCCUGAUGCAACUGAUACUGGUUAUCAAGACCCUCCUUUUGGUCAACAACAACAACAGCAGCAGCAGCAGCAACGGAUGCCUGAUUUCCAAGCACCAGCUUACUAACCCCUUCAGACAUAAUCUGAUACUAUUGAUACAACGCAAGAAUCAAUAGAACAAAACAAGAUGAAAGCUCCAUAUGAAACUCUUCGAUUACUCGAUAGAUCAUUGAGCAAUGUCAAUAGAGUAAGUUUUCAUAGUAAGACAAUUAUAGUGAAUGAAAGGGAGGGGGAACAAGGCAAAAAGAAUGGAAUAGAAACACAGAGAAGGAAGAAGUAAGAAGGAAAAGAAAGAACAAGAGAGAGAAUGUGUGCAUGUGCGAACGUGUGUGUGCGUGUGUAUGCGUGUACAUGUAAAAGACUACAUAGUAUAUGUGGAUCUAUGCGUGAAAAACAACAAACGUUACUUGUUGAAACUGUGCUUCUUAUUGUUGACCACUUACUAAGCCUUACACCUGAAAUUAAUUUGGUGUGGGCAUAAAUGAAGAACAAACAAAACAAAAAAAUUAAUUGGCUUAAUGCCCUCGAGUAUACAUUUGAGAAUGAAAUAAAAAAAGAAUUGUAGGAGUACAGAGCAAAAAAAGAGAGGUGUGAACAAAAGAUGGGUGACAACCAUCUACAAAAUUAUAUAUAUAUAUAAUAUAUAUGAAUAUAAUAUAUAAGGUGUACCGAAGAUAGAGCUGUACAAGUGAAAAAUGUAAGAAUCCUGUAUCAUUGAAAAAAAAAACGAUUUUCAAGCUUUCAGUUUUUUAAUGGGUUACAAUUGAGGUAUCCAAUUUGCACGCAGCUUUGUUAUACAUUCAAAAGUGUUAUAAAAUGAAUGCACAGCUGCACUUCUAUUUAAUCAUAGCCAGUAAGUGGCGAUAAAAGUUUUCACUCUUAGAGGAAUUUCUAUGUUUUUCAUUUGUAUUAUCGUUUUCAAAACACCAUGUAUAUGACACGUAUAUAUAUGUAUACAUACGAUAUAUAUACAUAUAUGUAAUGGAUAGCGGUUCUGUAAUAAUUCUUAAGUAGUUACAUGCACAUAUAUUUUACUGUGUUGUAUCGUGUUCAUACAAAAUCGCAAAUACGAUCGUACCUUCUCCAUAUACAGGACCUAUCAAGAGUUAAGAAUUUGUUACAAGUUUUAUUUUUUCGUCUAUUAAUCUUUAUGUGACAUAAUUUGAUUAGAGAACUUUUUAUUAGUAAUUCGCCGCGUGUUAUAUCUACUUACAUUCCAGCGAAUUACAAGUAUGUUUUCUAUAAAUGUAUUAUUACCAGAAGUUUAUUAUUAUUAAAUAUGCUACGUCGUAUAUUUGAACUAAAAUAAAUGGGUCCCAUGAUUUUGAAAAUUAAAUAUAAAAUUGAAAUUGUUUCGUUAGUUUUGUUAAUAUUGGUAUCACUGGUCCACAAUAAGGUUAUUUAAUAAAUAUGUGUACAAACACAGUAUAAAUAAUUGAGAAAUUGGGAAAGCAAUGUUUAAAGCAAUUUUAUCAGGAAAUUAGUAUGAAUGUAUUAAAUGCUCAAAAAAAUGUAAACAAAAAUUGCAAAAUGUGUAUAUAUUGUACCAUUCAGUUAUUAAUUCUUAGUAUUUUAAGAAUUUACUUACUAUUUCUUUUUACAAUCAAAUUUUUUUAAUUAUCAAACAUUCUUAACCCAGUUUCUCAAUUUGUUUGUAAUGAUCGAUAAGAUUAAGUUUCUAAGUUGGUUAUUCGCAGGGUAUAUAUAAGGUAUGUAAAUUCGAAUUUGUUGUUUUCACGUUGACCAGCCUGUAUUGGUUCAAUCUGACAAGCCAAAAUACUUUGUUACAUGAAAACUACUUUUUACUUUGUCGUAAAGAUUAGGGAUAACGAAUGAUUUUUACAUUCUUUUUUGUAUUUGUAAUUGUAAUGUUUUGUUUCGUAAUUGUAUUUGAAACAGUUGGUCUUCGAAUAUGCGAGUUACGGCAUUUCAGCAAUAUUGAAGCGACGUUGAAAAGAAAAUUGCUAUAAAUCUCGCGACUAACUGAUGUAUGUAACUGUCCCGUUUUCUUCGUGUUGCCUUCACUGCCUUUGUUUCGGUGGUAAAAAUGAAGUAGCAGAACAACAAAUAAAACUCUGUUUCUACGACAAACUGUACUAUUACUUCUUUCGGAGCGCUGUCAAUAUUGCGUACUCUUGAAGAACAAAUCGAAUUAACGAUAUCAAUAAUUUCUGUGUCUAUUAUAAUGAUAACAAUACAAUGUAAAAACCUAAUUGGCUCUGCUGCUGUUAUUGUUGUUGUUGUUAUUAUUAUUAUUUAUUAUUAUUAUUUUUAUUUGUACUUCCAAUUUCGAUUGAUUUUUUUUUAACAGUUACGUAUUGUUGUCGUUAUUGUGGACAACUUUCUCCGAUUAAGGGGGAAAAUGUUCUCGGGCCAAUAGCAGUAUAGAUCUUCAUGACAUUUAACUUCCGCCUGGACUUCAGUUUUUACAGUAACGACUAUUUACUACUUCACACAAUGUGAACACUGUUUUCGCUGAGGGAGUGAGAGUAUUUAUUAAAAAUGGUAUCGAUAAUUAAAUAGUUGUUGUAUCAUUGUGACUGUACUAGGUGUCUCAUUGAAAUAAAUAUCAAACCAUUACACAUGGACGGGAUCUGUAUGCAUUGUCACAAAUAUUUUCAGUCAUUCUCUGUAAUUUGAUUUUGUUUUUUUUUUGUUUA